AUGAUAAGGCAGAAUCUUCCUCGAAGCAGUCCUGUUAAGUUAUUUAUGAUAGUAACUUCCGUUUUUUGUUUCGAACUUCUAGGGAUAUGCUGGGCAAUAUCGGUAGCUUCAGCGGUGGAGGCCGUGAUGAAUCUUCAUCGUGCAGAGGAUGAUGACACGCAAUGGAUGACCUCUUCACAAGAGUUAAUGGAUUGGGUACAGUCUGAUCUUGAUAAUAUUAAAAACAGUGGUUUGCGUAGAAUGUACAAUGUAUGGAAUCAUGUGUUCAAGAAAAAAGUCUCCAAGGAGGAAAACUAUAAGUAUGUUGGUGAACCUGCGUUGGAGAAGGAACGUUUUGCACUAGGAGUGACAAUACCAGAAAGAGUGGUGUUGAGGAUAUCAGGUUUUGAAGUGAUAGAGCCUGUAGAUGAUGAAAGGCUUCUACUUAGACAACUUGCUACAAUGCCAGUUGUGGCUUCUCUGGAGGCAACUCCAUCAUUCCUUGAUUGGAAAGGGCAAACCAUUUUCACUAGGGACACUGAGACAACAGAGGAUCAGAAAACAAGGCGUGACAAGAAGGUUGAGUUGCACUCCAUCCUCGUCGUAGGCGUGACAAGAAGGCUGAACUAUUUCCUCAUUAGGAAUUCAUAUGGGAAAGACUGGGUGUUUAAAAUUCGUGGAGCUGACAGAAGGUGGACAGCUAAAGGUCUCGGGAAGGUAUUGAGAGCAUCCUCGCGGUCAAGUAGACAAUCAUUGUUCACUUCAUUUUCUUAUCCAAAACCAUGGGUGCCUCCAUAA